AAUCUAUGAUCGUUGUAAAAUGGUUCUGUGUUUACUUGUAUUACGACUAUUUUAUUAUUUUGCAUAAAGUAAUAUCGAAAAUAAAUAUGUUACUUUUGUGAUUGUGAUAUCGCAUAAUUAACGAGAGAGAAAUGAUAUUUAAUGAUUAUUCGAAUUCAUUAGUAAAAUAGCAUCGUAGAAAUGACUCCCAAACGCAAAACCACGAGUUCUGAAUCAACAUCAUCGUCGAGUUCUGGCUCUUCGUCGAGUAGUUCUUCAAGUUCUGGUAGUGAAUCAAGUUCAUCCGAUUCUGAAAACUCUAGCAGUUCGGCUAAUAGUCAGAAAGCAUCUGAUUCCGAAAGAUCCAAGAAGAAAGUACCGUUUCCACAGGCCAGACAUGUUAAAUCUAAAACUGAACCAACACCGACCACAACGGCAGAAAAUAAAAGCAAGGAGAGACCGCAACCUAAAUCUAGACCAGUAGUUUAUUCCUCAGAAUCCGAAGAGUCACCUAGCAAAUUGAAACCUGUGAAAAGGAAAUUACCUGCUAAACCUAAAGCUACAGCAACUGUAGCGCCAGUAGUUAAAGUUCAAAAAUCACCUAUCAAGCCAUCGUCUAACAUUACCCAACACAAAAAUGUUUUAGCCGUUAAACCGAAUACUAAACAAGUCAAGCUUUCAGGACCCUCGGGAACGAAUAUAAAAGUAUCGGAUAAAAAUACCAAAAUACCGUUGGAACCGUUGCAAAAAAAAUUUAAAAAAAAGAGUAUAUUUAGUCCUGAAAAUAGUAGUGAAAGCGACAACUCUUCUGCACCUAAAAUUAAUGCAAUUAAAGCGGCUAACAAUAACGUCAAAUGUAACAAAACUCAACCUAAGAUGAAACCUGCGGAGCCCAAAUUAAAAGCUGCUGUACCACCAAGACCCGCUCUAGCAGCUAAACCUCCGCAAAUUCAAAAAUCUGAUAGUUCUGCCAGUUCCAAGAGUUGUUCGGGUGGAUCAGGUUCCUCUGGUUCAACAGAUAGUAGCAGCGAUUCGGAUUCAUCGGAAAGUGCUACUAGUCCACAAUCUCAACCUAAAAAGAAAGAUAUUCCACCACCGGUAGCACAGAAUAUUGCAGCAAGUGUUCAACCUAAAAGACCAUCGGCAACGGUUGCACCGGUUAAACCUUUAAAAUGUACAAAGAGACAAGUAGGUAGAAUAAAAAGUGAAGACGAUGGAGAUGCGUCAGCCAGUGACAAGGAAAUAGAUGAAAACAUUGAUGUGAAUCCUUCUAAGGGAACGGUUAAAGGAAAACGGAAGUUGCAGACUCGUAAAGGAAGCAAGUUACUACAACUGCAAACGAAAGCUGCCAGCGAUUCGGAAUCUGACACAGUAUGGUUCUCAGGUAUGGAAACGGUAGAGCGUAAACGUAUCCUGCAAAUUCCACUGAUCCGGUGUGAUUUAUCGGGAGUAGCUGAAAGCAAGAGAAGUACGAGCAAGUCACCGGUUAAGCGUGCUGGUCCUAGUCAAGGCGCUAGACAUUCAACAUCCACAACGACCAAUAGAACAACGCAGAGCACUACUACUGGGUCUUCCAGUUCUGCUGCUAAUAGAACCGGACAAAACUCAUACAAUCGUACACGUACUACCAAGGAAAGAGAAUGUCCAUUGGCAGCAUGCUGCGACUCCCGUGGCCAUCUUUCUGGAAAACUUGACACACAUUUUACCUUGGAAGCGUGUCCCUUGUAUCACAACACUACGCCGCAAAAUUGCAUAGAAUUUUAUAAAGAAAGGAAAAAGAAGGAAGAUGAACGGAAGAAGUCGAUAGCGAAUCUUGCUAAAAAAUCACCCAAAGGUGGACAUCAGACUACGGAACAACGUAAUUAUCAACUCAAAGUUAGAGAGAUAAGAAACAAGUGGAAACCGCAUACGGGUGAAAAUAAUGGUAGCGAUAGCGGUAAUGAUCUUCCUGGAAAUGAAAAGGACAAACAACCGCGUUUGACCAAUCUCACUUCUGAUUACGAUUUGAAAUUAUUUAUGGAAGCUCAAGCGACGUCCAGCGAAAAAAUUGAAAAAGAAUUGAAAGAAUUGGACUACGACGGAGAUGGCAGAAACAGCGGUGGUACUCGAUGCAUCGAAAUGGGAAAAUGGGAAAUGGAAGUUUGGUAUCAAAGCCCGUAUCCGGAAGAAUUUAGUCGUGCACCGAAACUUUAUCUUUGCGAAUAUUGUCUGAGAUAUGCGAAGAGUCGUCAGGUGUUGAGAAGACACAGAGAAAAAUGUUUAUGGAGACAUCCACCUGGACACGAAGUAUACAGAAAAGAUAAGAUCGGUGUCUGGGAAGUGGAUGGCAAACGUUACAAACAAUAUUGUCAAAAUCUGUGUCUCCUAGCGAAGUUCUUCUUAGAUCAUAAAACUCUUUACUACGACGUGGAACCGUUCCUCUUCUACGUGAUGACCAUUAGCGAUUCUGAAGGAUGUCAUACGGUUGGUUACUUCAGUAAGGAAAAAAAUUCAUUCCUGAAUUACAACGUUUCCUGCAUUCUGACGUUGCCGCCAUAUCAAAGACAAGGUUAUGGUCGACUUCUAAUCGAUUUUAAUUCUUCUAUCUCCUCGGAUACUCGAAGCAAGCGAUGCGGAACGAACGUUCAACCGAAGAAGGAAGAGAGUAUAACCUCAUCAUGCUUUUCUUGCUUCAGCAGCCACGUUGCUGGCAAACGAAUCUUUCUUCUCCUCCUCUUCCUCCUCUUCUUCUUCUUCUUCUUCUUCUUCUUCUUCGAGUCCCUUUUUAUUAACCCUUUUAGCACCGAACGACGAUAUAUCGUUUGGUGCACUUACCAAAAAUACGAACGACGAUAUUUCGUUGCGCCUCCGUUGGGGCCUUGUUGUAUUCAUCAUAAGAGGUCUGUGUUUCAAAAUACCUUUAUAAAAUGGUAAAAUGGUUCAUAUUCGAUGUAACACAAGUGAAAAAAUGGUUAUUAGAUUUAACUUAUUGUUAUAUUUUAUGCUGAUUAGUUUUGCGGGUCUGUAUAUGUUAGAACAAUAAGAUAGAAACGGGACCCGGUAUAGUUUCUCUGGACCGUAAUCUCAAUCUUUAUGAUGUUUAUGAUAGUUAUCGGAGUAUUCAAGUGGCAUGCGUGCAUCGACUCGGCAAGCCUAAAAUCUUUUUCAGUCUUUCUUGAUCCUUCUAACGUGCAGUCAGUAUUGAAAAACUGUCAAAGUUUUCAUAGAGACACAAUUAGCAGUAGAAUAUGUUGUCACUUUUGUUGAUACCUUUUAGAACAAAAUUAUACCCUGUUACGAAGAUAGAUGACGCAGAAUUAGUGCGAAUUAUUGACGAGUUAGAUGUAACCGAAGAACAUAGAGACAGUUAUGAGGAUGAACAAUUAUUUGCGUAGAUCUGUCUGACGCUUGCCGUGCAUCAUAGCGUUAUCCUUCCGUUUUAUUAUCCAACUUCUGUUAUUGUAUUGCAAAUGAUUGCAAAAUGCAAUGUCUAUACAUUAUACUAAAAUAUGUAUAUAGAGCUAUGACCAAAUGAUGACUUUUUUUUAUGUGCAAUUACCAUUUGAAAAAGAGAAAUCACUUUUGUACGUUUUUUGUUAUGCCUUAUGUCCCAUGUUAUUAUUAUGAUUUUCAACAAAUAAUGACACACAAUUCGUAUCGUUUUAUUCUCCAUUUAUUUCCGAAUAUGCUGCAUUUAAUAUUUUGUAAAAUAUCAUUUCUACUUUCGUUUUUACGUGCAUUUUCACAAACCUCUGGAAAUUCGCCGAUUCGGCUCGAGUAUUCUACGCUUAGCCAGGUUUUUUUCGCCGGUGUUAAAAGGGUUAAUUAAACAAAUUAUUCUCAUCGUUAAAAUUGAU